UCUGACUCUCACAUUAUUAUUGUUGAGAGAUUGUACUAGUAAAGAGUGCGUCUUUAACGAGAGGCGUAGCUAUUCUCUUGUGCUCCCUGGAGGGCAAGUUCCGCUUCCUGCUAUUAAAAACAUCGCACUUGAGAGCGUAUCACAUCAACUGUGGGCUGCAGAACAGAAAAGCAUAAAUACAAGCAAGAAGGCAUGGAAUUCUGUGGAUAUGAAAGCGCAAUUUGAAGCUUCAGGGUGUGAUGAAAAUAUCCGCAUGCACAAGUCAGGAAGCUGAAUGACAGAAGGUAUUUUUCUUCCACACCCAAAACACCUACAGUAUGUCGGAGAGAGGGGGUCUCCCGCGGACUGGGGGCACACCAUCUCCACAAAUGCAGCCGUCCAAGACCGUCACCAUCGUCCCGAACCGUCCGGUUCAAAUGAACCUGUAUGCGACCUGGGAAAUUGAUCGCUCAUCUCCAAGCUGUGUGCCCAGGCUCUUCACAGUUACUCUGAAGAAGCUGGUGAUGCUUCAGGAGCUGGACAGAGACCUAACCUCUGUUGUCAUCGCAGUCAAACUCCAGGGAUCAAAGCGCAUUUUACGGUCCAAUGAAAUCCUGUUGUCAUCGCCUGGACUUACUGAGACUGAUCUUCAGCUAACGUUCUCCUUGCAAUAUCCACAUUUUUUGAAGCGAGAUGCCAACAGACUGCAGAUCAUGCUGCAGAGGAGGAAGAGGUACAAGAACCGUACCAUCCUGGGCUAUAAGACCCUGGCACUGGGCCUCAUCAACAUGGCAGAGGUGAUGCAGCACCCCAGUGAGGGAGCCCGUGUGUUGGGUCUCCACACCACUGUGAAGGACACGGCUGUGCCUGUGGCUGAGAUGAGGGUCUACUCGCUCUCCAGCCAGCCCAUCGACCACGAGGUGUCCAAGGCCAAGAUGUCUGACCGCUCCCCUGACAUUGACAACUACUCGGAGGAAGACGAGGAGAGCUAUUCAUCAGAGCAGGACGGGAGUGAUGACCCUGCUCACAGCCAGUAUCUGUUCGACGAAGAGGAUGACAUGAGGAAGAAGAAGCACAGACACAAACUCACCUCUGCAGCCUCCAUCACCAGAGCUCAUCAGCCCAACAUCAAGCAGAAGUUUGUGGCCUUGUUGAAGAGGUUUAAGGUGUCUGAUGAGGUGGACUUUGGCCUGGAGCACGUGUCCCAGGAGCACAUCCGGGAUGUGGAGGAGGAUCUGGAUGAGCUCUAUGACAGUCUGGAGCUGUACAACCCCAAUGACAGCGGACCAGAGAUGGAGGAGACGGACAGCAUCCUCAGCACACCCAAACCCAAACUCAGGCCCUUCUUUGAGGGCAUGUCCCAGUCCAGCUCGCAGACCGAGUUUGGCAGUCUGAACAGCAGGUGCAGUCUGCCCAGAGACACCCUGAGCCCACAAGGAGAGCAGCCCCCAUCAGGCAAGAUGAAACGCACUCGCUCUCGCAACGUGGACGACUCUGAGACAGACACCCUGGAGCUGACUGAUCCGGAGAUGUUUCUGGACACGACCCCCUGCAUCACAGUCUCUGUCCCAGAGCAGCUACCCAGGACCCCAAUGAGAGAACUAAGGAGUAGUAAGAGUGAGAGCCACACCAGCAUGCCCCACACCACCAUGCCCUCCCCCAGGUUGGAUGGUGGGCACACACCCAGGCAGAGACGUGGGACACCAAUGAAGGAGAGGCGAGCGCUGUCCAAACCACUAAGCGAACGCACCAACAGCUCUGACAGUGAAAGGUCACCAGAGCUCAGCCACACCCCACAGGUGCCCAGGAAGGCUGUAUAUGACCAGCUGAAUCAGAUCUUCUCCUCAGACACUACCCUCCCAGACAGCCUGGUCCUGGUCAACACCAGCGACUGGCAGGGACAGUAUGUGUCCGAGGUGCUGCUGUCCCAGAAGCAGCCAGUAGUGUGUACCUGCUGUGGGGUGGAGAUUCAGGCUGUCCUCACCACCCUCCUCACGCGCAUCCAAAAGUUCUGUAACUGUAACUCGUCCACUCCGCGGCCGGUCAAGGUGGUGGUGGCAGGGGGACAGAGCUACCUGGGUGCCAUCCUGCACUUCUUUGUCACUCAGCUGGCCAACAAAACAUCUGAUUGGCUCAGCCUAAUCCGCUUCCUGGUGGUCCCCCUGGGCUGUCACCCCGUAGCUAAGCACCUGGCCUCCCUGGACCCUCGCUACAGCGCCGUGUUCCUGGACAAUGCCUGGAGAGACCUGUUCAGCCGCCUGGAGCCCCCUCACUCAACGGCUCCAGCUGUAGACGGUGUGGACGUGGCAGGGAGGAUCAGCCAGUACAUCAGCAGUGUCUCUGUCACACACCAGCUGCCUAUCGCUGAGGCCAUGCUCACCUGCAAGUACAAGACAUACGACGAAGACUCUUACCAGAAAUUUGUUCCCUUUGUUGGGGUGGUGAAAGUAGGGUUGAUUGAACCGAAUCUGGCGUAUUCAGGUGGAGACACUGAGGAGCCUGUUAGUGUUAGCUUGGCUGUUCCCUCCACCUCCCCACCUGCCCAUGGAUCUCCCACAGGGAUGACCAGAGAGGCUGUCACCCCACCCCCGUCUCCCUCCCUGAGCAGCGGUCUGGGGAGCCCUAAUAUGUCCCAUGGGGUGGACACCAUUGGGCUGACGGUGGAUUACUGGGUAGCAACAUGCUCAGAGCGGAAAAAGGAGGGGGAGCGGUGUGACAAGGGCUCCAAGAACACCCUGAAGAGUGCCUUCCUCUCCUUGCAGGUCAGCAGGCUGCCAGGAGGGGGCUCCACUGAGAACCAGCCCCAGGCCAACACCAUGUCCAUGACCGUGGUCACCAAGGAGAAGAACAAGAAAGUCUCCACCAUAUUCCUGGGAAAGAAGCCCAGAGAGAGGGAUGUAGACUGUAAAAGCCAGGUGGUUGAGGGCAUCACCAGACUCAUCUGUUCUACCAAGCAGCAGCAGACCAGCCUAAAAGUGUCUGUGGACGGCGUGGAGUGGACUGAUGUGAAGUUCUUCCAGCUGGCUGCCCAGUGGCCCACCCAUGUGAAGUACCUGCCAGUGGGGCUGUUUGGGUACAACAAGACCUCCACCUAGAGGCCAAACCAGACAUGGUCACUCACUCUGUGCUUCCUGGGCACCAAGGUUAUUAUAGUUUUGUGUUUUUUAUAUACAUUUUAAUUUCUGUUCGUUUUUAGAUUUUUGUUUGAAAUUCAGUUUAGUUUCAGUUCGUUUUCAGACCUGAUAUACUAGUUUUAUUUAUUUAUUAUUUAAUUUUUAUAUUAUUUAUUUUAGUGUUAGUAGCAGAUUUCUUCCUUGUUAGCUAGUGAUAACUAGUGAUAGUGAUGAACAAGCUAGGCCUAUUUGAAACCUCACCAUCCACUGGCAGCACUUACCUGCCAUGUUCAGAAGCUUGAAAACCCCAUUAGAAGAAAACAUUAUUUUUAUUUUUUUUGCCCAAAGUUUAGAAGAAAAAAACCCUCAAACUAAACAUUAUUUAUGAUGGCUUUUAUUUUAUUUUAGUACAUUUUGGAGUCAAAGAUAAUAGUUUCAGUAGUUUUAGUUUUCAAACGGGUUUGUUAAUUAUUUUAUUUCAGUUUAUGAAAUAGUUUUUUCAUGUUUUCGUAUUUUGUUUUUACUACAAUAACCUUGCUGGGCACCAUAUCAGCUGUCUAAAAUGGAGGUCACUGGACAGAAAGCCAUUGAUUAAAGAUGAUUAUUACAUGACUAAGGAGAGUUGUUACAUGUCUAAGGAGAGUUGUUACAUGACGACAUGGAUUGACAGCAGUAAUGGAUUGGGGCCAUAGAUUUAAUACUUGCCAUGUUCCUAUUUUCUAAGGUGGGUUCACCUGACAAAAUAACUAGUUGCCCUCGUUUGAGAUGUUUUUCCUCUUUCAUAUCCUUUAUAUGUGGCUUCCUUCAGUGGCUUGGCAAGGUUAACUCCAGCUGUUCUUGUGGCUGUGUUGUACUGUUGUACUUUUUUUUUCAAGCAGAGUGUUAUGUGAAGCAAACUUCAGUGGUCAUUGAUAUUAUUGAUAUCAUUUCCCUCAGUGGUGUUAUUCUAAUAAGUGCACUAAAAAAAUAUGCUGUUUAAAAGUCAGUUUUGUGAAAGUGAUAUAAAUUGAUUAUCUUAUUUACAGAAAUGUAUUGUGAUAAUUGGACCUGUUUUCGCAAAAGCCUUACUUUCUUUUCGUUUAGUAUUUUUCUGGGAGGUACUGUUACUUUUGUGAGUGUGUGUGUUUGUUUGUGUGCGCACGCCUGUGUGAGAACCCCAAAUGCUUGUGGAUUUGUGUGUAUAGCAUGGGUUGUCAUACUAGAAGUAAAUGCUUAAAACACUACAGAAAUCUAGAAUAUUUGCAGACUCGUCUACAUCAAAGCUUGUGGUUGUCAAGCAAGUACUAUAAUUUGUGCACCGCAGAUACACUUUUGUCCCAAUGAUGUGCUUGAAAUGAAGCUUCAGUGUCAUCCAUAAUUUACGGUCAUCUUAUUUAUAUUUGUUUUAAAGAUUGUUAGAGGAGAUUAAAUACUUUAUUUUCUGUUUUGUCAUUAAAGCGUAAAAGACAGAAACAUACAAGAAGUUCAAGACAAGGAAUUUUUAAAAAAUCACAUCAAUAAAUCAAAUGAAAACUCAA